AUGGGGAAGAAGAAAGCAGCAAAGCCAAAAAACAAAUCACUGAAAGUUCCGGAAGAGAAAGCAGCAGAUGCAGAGAACAGUGUAGUGAAUGAAGAAAAUGACAUGUCACUGGAUGAAGACCUGGCCAGUGAUCACGAAGAGGAAGAAGAAAUGGAAGAGUUUGAGGGACCUAAAGAUAUCGGAGGCUUCACCAUCUUAGGGGACUUCAAAGCUAAGGAGAAACCAAAGGUAGAGCGAGUGCUGCCAGACUGGUUGAGGAUACCUGUGAUCAUCAAAGAAACUGUGCAAGACUUUGCAAGUAUUCCAUCCCUGGAUCCAAAUCUUACACAAAAACUGAAAGACAACGGUGUAGAGAAAUGUUUUCCAGUUCAGUGGGCAGUGAUACCAGAACUACUUGCUCAGUGCAAGUACGGUGUUUACGCUGGUGACGCUGGCUUCCGACAACGUGAUGUCUGCAUCUCUGCCCCAACAGGAAGCGGGAAAACUCUUACUUUUGUUCUGCCAAUUAUUCAGGCUCUCCAAGACAGAGUUGUGCCUCAUGUGAGGGCACUGGUGAUCCUACCUGUCCGAGAUCUGGCCAUCCAGGUGUACAAGGUGUUCCAGCAAUACGUGCAAGGCACUUCUCUCAAGGUUGCCUUGUUGGCCGGAAGGAAAGAGUUUUACCUGGAGCAGGUGAAACUGGUGAGAGAAAGGCCUCAUGCAGAAGCUUCAGAAAAAUGGGCCAGUUUGGCUGACAUUGUUGUAGCAACAAGAGGCAGGCUGUUGGAUCAUCUUCAGCGAACAGAGGGCUUUGAUCUCACACAUUUACGCUACCUGGUCAUUGACGAGGCUGAUCGGCAGAUGGAGGAUGUGUACGAUGACUGGCUGAGUCACGUCGAGACUGCAGCAUACACACCAAAACCUGGUGCUUACUUCCCCUACCACAGAGAGCGACCAUGUCCACUCACUGCUGCCAGUGCACAGAAAAAUGUGAUGCACGUCCAGAAGUUGUUGUUCUCUGCGACCCUGUCACAAAACCCGGAGAAACUGGAGCAGAUGAAUCUGUUUUUGCCGUUGCUGUAUACGACUGUUGUUCCUGGAGCCAGGAACUCUUCUGUGACAAAGUCAGAACAGGACGAUGAAGCUGAUGUGCAGGAAUCACAAAUAUUGGAUCAGUUUUCAACACCUGCACUUCUAAAGGAAAGGUUCAUGGACUGCAAAAAGGCAGAAAAGCCACUGAUUCUCCUCCAUUUUGUAGUCAAUCAGAAGUUCCAGCAAGUUUUGUGUUUCACCAAUUCUGUAGAGUCCACGCACAGACUAUAUCUGCUGGCUAAGCAAAUAGAGGGACUGAAAGUUGCUGAACUCUCGUCCGGAGUCCACACAGAGAAGAGAGAGAGGGUUAUCCGCAAGUUUGCUAGAGGAGAACUGCAGCUUCUCAUAUGUUCUGAUGUGAUGACCAGAGGAAUGGACAUAGAAAACGUGCAGUAUGUGAUAUCAUAUGAUGCCCCGACAUACAUCGAGACAUAUAUCCACAGAGUGGGUAGAACUGCCAGAGCUAAUCGACCAGGCACAGCGAUAACAUUGUUAGAAGGCAAGGAGAUGUUCCACUUCAAGAAGAUGCUGAGAGAAUCUGGUAGAUGGGCCAAAUUGAAAAGGAUCUCUGUCAACCGACAACAUUUGGAGCCAUUAGUUCCUCAGUUCAACUCUGCAUUGAAGAUGCUUCCACAGAUUUUGAAGGAACAGAGAAAGCAGCUGAAGAACUCCUAG